GGAAAGUCCACUGAAGCAAAUCCAACUACCGAGGUAACCAACCAGGCAGCUAGUUAGUUGUUGGAGGGGGCAGACUGAUCAUGCAUCACGUCAAGAUCAAGACUGAGAAGCCAGAUGCAGAGGAGAGUGGUGCACGCAGCCGACUGGAUGCAGUAUUACAGGGGCUGGUAGAGAAGAGUGACAGUGAGAGGGAGCAAAAUGAAGAUGAGACAAAGAUGGCAGAAGAGUCUCUGAGCAAGGAUGUGUCUCCAUCUUCUGCUGGGAAGCGGCCAUCAUCACGGUUCCCACAGCACCGGAGGAAGAAACGGAAAGAGAUGGAUGAUAGCUUAACGGAGAGUAACCAACAUAAACAAAAUGCCUACAUUAUCAAGUUGUUUGACCGCAGUGUGGACCUGGCCCAGUACACCACCAGUACCCCACUUUACCCCAUUUGCCGGGCCUGGAUGAGGAACAACCCGGCAGUCAGAGAGAGAGCUGCAUCCCCAAGCCCCCCACACAGCAUGGGGGAAGAGGAGGCUGCAGACAUGCUCAAUGGUAAGGGACAGAAUGUGUAUCGCCUCCCUCCGCCCACCUCCUGUCCUCUCAACCCUUCUGGAGAUCCUGUCAAUCUGAGGAUCCCAUCCACAGAAAAGCCUAUUGUCAGCAAGUCUACAGAUACAGCUCUUGUGUCUGGUCCCCUCAUAUACAACCACAUAGAACGCUGGAAAAAGAUCAGGCAAAAAUGGAAAGAAGCGUCCAACAAGAAUCAGCUGAGGUAUAGCGAGAGCAUCAAGAUCCUGAAAGAGAUGAAGGAGAUGUACGACCGCUAGCUGGGAAUCCCCCAGGCAGUAUCAACACAGCAGAGGGAGGAGAAAAGAAUAGAGCAGGUAGGAGCCACGAGCAAGUGAUCUACCCCAGGACGCUGCACUAGUCCUCUCCCCAAGGAGGACAUUACGUGUGACAAUGUCAGAGGAGCCUCAUGGAGCCCAUUUCUACCAUAUACUGCCACAAUUAGGGACCCAAAGUCCUCGUUUUGAAAAAUGUAGCAAUACUUUCAGUAAGUUGAUGCUUCUGGUGGGCCCAAGUUCAUCUGUUUAAAUAAUUAUUAUAUGUUUUUUGUCAUAUUACAGAAUAUCUGGUAAUGCAUUAUAUAGUCUGUUGUCAAUCACAACAAUGUGUCAUGAAAAGUUUGUAAACAGGUUGAGUAGUGUGGAACAUUUGUCUAAAUUCCGGAAUACUCUAAAUUAAUUCCAGGCUUCCAGUGGUAUAUAUUUGUGUUUUAGGAUCACCAGUUUCCCAGACAAGCAGUGCUCUUAUGCAUCUUUUUUGUUUAAACAUUCAAAAGAAAAGUCUCUCACAUAUCUAAAAUUUUAAGUAAACUGUAAAAAAUAAAAUAAAAAAAGUUGUAAAGA